UAUGUACGUGAUUCCUAUCUGCUUCUCUUCAUCUUCAUCUUCCACCGCAUGGUGAUUUCUCUUCCGCCGCUUCUUAAGAUUGUGUUACACAAUCAGAUGCAAUGUCUCAGAAACGUCAGCAAGAAGAAGACGACGGCGGCAUGUCUCGUUCUGACGGAAACGCCUCCUCCGAUGAUAAGCGCAGAAAGUUUAAGAGUGUUGUUCAGGAGGUGAUGUCCAUGCGAAGAGUCCAGCUCUACAUGGAGCCAGUGUUGGAACCUUUGAUUCGGAGAGUAGUGAAGGAAGAAGUUGAAUUGGCUUUAAGAAAGUAUUUGACCAGUAUGAAGUGUAAAGAGUCACAGCUUUCUGAAUCAAGAACCUUGCACCUGCGUUUCCUAAACAACAUAUCUCUUCCGGUUUUCACUGGAACUCGAAUUGAUGGCAUUCCAAUUGAAGGAGAAGAAUCAACCUCUUUAAAAGUAGCUCUAGUUGAUGCUCUAACUGAGCAGGUUGUUUAUUCAGAGCCCGAAUCCUCAGCUAAAGUGGAAAUUGUUGUUCUUGAAGGAGACUUUGAUAGCGAUGAAUUAAGUACUUGGGCAGUUGAUGAAUUUAAGAACAACAUUGUUAGAGAAAGGGAAGGAAAAAAGCCUCUUCUUACUGGGGAUACAUUUGUAUACCUUAAAGAGGGAACUUGUUUUGUUGGGGAGAUCUCUUUUACUGACAACUCAAGUUGGACAAGGAGUAAGAAGUUUAAAUUAGGGGCGAGAAUUGUGGAUAACCAUCGUGAAGGAAUAAGAGUAAGAGAAGCCAAGACUGAAUCCUUUAUAGUCAGGGAUCAUCGUGGUGAAUUGUACAAGAAGCAUCAUCCUCCAGCCAUGCAUGAUGAAAUAUGGAGAUUAGAAAAAAUUGGAAAGGAUGGAGCUUUCCACAAGCGGUUAAGCAGAGAAAACGUAAAUACUGUAAAAGACUUCCUGACUCUACAUGUUUUGGAUCCUACAAGACUCAGAAAUAUUCUUGGUUCAGGCAUGUCUGCUAAGAUGUGGGAAGUUACUAUAGAACAUGCUCGGACAUGCGUGCUGGAUCCGAGGUUAUAUCUGUACCCUCCACCCGGUUCGCUGCAAAAACCUAGUGUGGUCUUUAACAUUGUCGGUCAAGUCAUGGGCCUAUAUUCUGAAACCGGCUACACACAUGUGGAUAAGCUAUCUGAUGUUGAAAAGGUGGAUGCUCGCUACAUAGUAAUAUCAGCAUUUAAGAAUUGGGGAGAUGUAGUAGUUUUCGAUAAUGAUGUAGAUGACUCCACAAGUAUGUCAAAAAACAACUCAGCCAUGGCAGAGAGUUCUAAUGCCAGUAAAAUGUUAUUAUCUCCUCAAAUGGUGGGGGGAUAUGAUUGCCACCAACCAAGUUUAUUCUCUCCAGACAUAAUGCCAUCUUUCUUCCCAUUAACUGAUAUGCCAAACUUUGAUGAUUUCGGUUUCAAUGACCUUGAUGAAAUGGAUAUUCAGUACAAUGAACCUUUAAGUUUCCCGGGUCAAGAUGGAAUUGCCCCGCCAUUUUGUGAAGACGAGCAUCUGCAGUAUUUAAAUUCAAAUUCUACCCUUCAAGCUCAAAGUCAGAGCUCGAUUUCAGAAUCACAGACUGAUCUGCACAAUGCUGUCAAUAGCUUUCUGCUGGCCCGAUCCACGGCCUUUGCUCAGAGGCGAUGGAAGAUCUUGUUCAGCGUGCUGAGAUGGUUUUCAGUAAGGAGGUUAGUUUCGAGAAGAGGAAAUAUGGAAGAAAAACUUAGAUAUUGAUGCAGUUAAAUAGAGAGUUUUACAAGUAGUCAGAAAUGUUACUAUAUGUGUAUGACAAUUUGUGCAAGCUAAUUCAUUUUGAAUGUGUAAUGGCUUUUUGAAGUUCUCAUAAAUCAAUGGUCUUUCUCAUUU